AAAAAGUAACGCCCCCGGGUGGGCUCGAACCACCAACCUUUCGGUUAACAGCCGAACGCGCUAGCCAAUUGCGCCACGGAGGCAGAUGUCUAAGUAGGCGAAAUAUGUAACUACAAGCCCCAUGCCAUAAAGUAACGUAUGACUGAGACAACGAUAUCAUUAAAUUGCUUACCUGAGAAACCUGUUUGGAGCUUUCAUGGCCCCUUCACUUCCAUUCGAUAAAGAUCACGCAAAAGACACUGUGUUCAAGAUUCCUCAUACAAUUUUGCGACGAAAUUCAUGUUGUUGGAAAGCUAUAGUGCUCAAUAGUGUUUAUUAUGACUCGAUUCAACGCCCGUUUGAGGUUAUGUUGACAAGUUAAGUUUAUUCGAAAGCGUAUUUAGUAAAUACAUCGGUUUUGUUUGUUUAAUUGUUGAAAUAAUGAAUUAAACAAGUGUCUUGGUGAUGUUUUGUGUUUAAAUAGCAAAGACCUUGAGGUUAAAAGUGUGUUUUUGUGUGAUAAAGUUGUUCUCGCGUUUGUUUUGGUUGUAAAAACAUAGUGUAGAUUAUUGCUUUCGUUGGUAUUUAAAUUAUCGUGUAAUCAAAACAAGCCGUCUAAUAAUUAAACAUUAGUGUUAACAGGAUGUUUUAGUGCUUUCGGGUUUUUAAGUGUAAAUGGCUAACCGAGUCCCUGGUACUUGUUGUGCCGCGUCGGUGGAAAGGGCCGGCUUACCAGGUCUUCUGAGAGACCUACAGCGGCUCUCUGAAGACCAAGAUUCUGCAGACAUCGUUUUCAUCUUGGGAACGUCAGAGGAAAAAGUCUACGCUCAUCGGAUUAUUCUAGUAGCCAGAUGCAAGAGUUUUCAAAAUACGAAGCGCGGCGAAGUAUGCCGCAUCCCGGGCUGCACGGUGACGCCAUCUGUCGGCGCGCCCGUGCCAGUUCGCAUGCCUCACGUACAGCCUGAAACCUUCCGACUGUUCAUACAAUACGUCUACACCGGCAAGCUACUACUUCAAGAUUCAGGCGUAUUCGAAAUGAUGACGUUGUCAGCGGAUUUAGGCGUAGAAGACCUCCGCGCGGCGUGUGAAGACCAUGUUACCUCUACUUUGAGCGUGGAAAGUGCCUGCACUUUGCUGGCAGCUGCUAUGGAUAUUCAAGAUCGUCCAGGUGGUAAAAGUGCCACAUCAUUCCUGGAGCGCUGCGUAGCGUUCAUCGGCGAGCACGCGGCCGACUGCGUGAGGACCAACGCGUUCCUGAACCUGCCCAAGGACGCACUCAUCAAACUCCUAUCUUCUGACUCCCUAUGUUUAGAAGAGGAGGAAGUAUGGCGCUGCGCGCUAGCCUGGGCGAAGCAACGCGCAGGUGUCACCCAGCCUUGCGCCCACUGGACUGAAGAGGAGCGCGCCCGCGUGUGUCAUCAUCUGGGGCCGCUUAUGACGCAUGUUCGGCUCCUGCUCAUAGACAGUUGUGUUUUCGCGGAAGAAGUGGAACCUACCGGCGCAGUGCCAAUGGAGUUGUCUUUGGAGCGCUACAGGCGAGCCGCUCUGACCGCUCCCCAUCACCAUACACACGACUCACGCACCAGACCUAGACUAGCUGUGAACAUGUUCGCCGGCUCCGUCAUCCUACAACAAGACAAGAGCGCCUAUCAAGCUGUCAUCAAUAACUGGUGCGGCAGCGGUAAACAAGUAUGGCGGCUACUGUUCCGUGCAUCGGUACACGGCUUCAGCGCGAGCGCUUUCCACAAGCAAUGCGAUAAUGUCGCACCCGUCUUAGUGCUUGUACAGCUGUCCCGUGGUGAAGUGGUCGGCGGGUUCAGCGAGGCGGCGUGGGCGGGCGGCGGCGCGGGCGGCUACCUGCCCGCCGAGCGCGCCUUCCUGUUCGCGCUGCCCGCCGCCGCCGCCGCCGCCGUCGCCCCGGGGCAGACGCCCGUCAAGCACCCGCUGUUGAAGAAGGCCUUCGCGCUGUGUUACCAUCCAGAUUGCGGCCCAAUAUUCGGCGCAGGCGCCGACCUACUCAUCUCCAGCAACUGCAACGCCAACAGUGAAAGCUACAGUAACCUCCACUCUUACGGGGCUCCUGAUGCUUCGGGUUCACUUGCACCCGACUACAACUUCACUGUGCGCGACUACGAAGUUUUCACAUAUAAACACAACUGACUACGGGAACUAUAAGGGGCUCCUGGCGCUUCAGGGUCACUAGCACCCGACUACAACUUCACUGUGCGCGACUACAACUUCACUGUGCGCGACUACGAAGUUUUCACCUAUUAACACAACUGACUAUGGAAGCCGUAUUAGCUCCUGACGCUUCGGGGUCACUAACACCCGACUACAACUUCACUGUGCGCGACUACGAAGUUUUCACAUAUAAACACAACUGACUACGGAAACCACAAGGGGCUCCUGACGCUUCAGGGUCACUAGUCAGUAGCACCCGACUAUUGCAAACUAUACUCUCACGCACUCUUAUUGCUGCUGCUGCUUGCUGACGCACUGACUGUGGCUCUAGAUACUUGACGCGGCUAAUGAUGAUCCUUAUGACAGUUCCUCCAGCUCGCUUUUGGAUACACUUAAUAAAAAUUAUAAAAAUAAACAAGUUUUUAUCGUAAUUAAAAAAAAGUGUAAAAGUACCAAAAAAAAUAACUUUUGACAUUGACAGUUUACUCCAUACAAAAAUUAACUGUCAGGGAUCAUCAUUCGCCGCGUCGAGUAUACAGCAUGGAUACGGGGGCCCUUGACGCGUCAGGAUCAGAAACACCCAACAACAACUCCAACUAGCAAACAACUCCAACUGCACUGUGCGCGACUUCUUUAAUACUCAUACUCAUUCUUUAUUGGUAAUAGAUAAUUACAUGUCGACUUACAACUAGUACAAGUAGUAGUAUAGAUGCUACUCUAUGUGUUACGUGUUAUCUGUUAAGGGUAACUUAAUCGUUUUCAAAAUUGUGGAAUUAAUUAUGUGAUUGUCUUCCUAUUUAGUUGAUAAAUCUUCUUGAUUCUUUUAAAAGCUCCAAGUAAUAGAGGUAGAUAUAUAAUUCUUGCCACAAAAUAUUAAUU